AUGAAGUUCUCCGCUGCCCUGUUGCUGCUCGCCUGCCUGUGCUUCACCGCCACCGUUCUGGCUUCUGAUGACCUGGACAAGAGAGGAGACGGAACCGUCGUGGUGCCCCAGACCGUAGUGGCUGCUCCUGCUGUCCAAACGGCUCAGCUCACACCACCCGCCCAAACUCUGCAGGUGCCCCAGAAGCAGGUCAUUGUAGCCGCGACCAGCUCGGCCUCAUCGCUGGCGCCUUUCCACCUGGCCUGGUGA